GACGAUAUAUCCUUAUAAAUAAAGUUGGGGAAAAGAAGGGUUUGUUGUGUGUGGGGAAGUGAAAUGAAAUGGAGAGUGGCAAAAGAGAUGAAGAAAGGUUGAAGAUAUUAUGCCUUCAUGGAUUUAGAACAAACGGAAGUUUUCUUAGAAAGCAACUCAGCAAAUGGGAUCCUUCCAUUUUUGCUCUUUUUCAUAUGGAAUUUCCAGAUGGUAUAUUUCCAGCAGGAGGAAAAUCAGAGAUAGAAGGAUAUUUUCCACCUCCUUAUUUUGAAUGGUUUCAAUUUAAUGAGGAUUUCACAGAAUACAAAAACUUGGAAGAAUGCAUAGAUUAUGUAUGCAACUACAUCACUACAAAUGGCCCAUUUCAUGGCUUAUUGGGUUUUUCUCAAGGAGCAGUAUUGUCAGCACUCUUAUUGGGUUACCAAGCACAGGGAAAGGUGUUGAGAGAGCAUCCACCAAUCAAAAUGUUUGUGUCAAUAUCAGGAACAAAAUUCAAAGACGAAAGCAUAUGUGAAGUUGCCUACAAACACAAAAUAAAGGUCAAAUCUGUUCACUUCAUAGGUGAAAAGGAUUGGUUGAAACUUCCUUCUCAACAGCUUGCUUCUGUCUUCCAUCAACCUCUCAUCAUAAGGCAUCCUCAAGGACAUACAGUUCCUAGAUUAGAUGAAUCGGCUACUAAAGAGCUCCAAUGUUGGGUCGAUACAAUACUUUCUAGUCGUGGUCAUGAUGGAGACAGCGAAGUGAAGGAGAGUGUCAUCGACAAAGUAGAUGAGAGAAUUGAAAAUCAGAUCAUGAAAGAGGAGAAUAAAUGUAUCGAUGCUGUUUGAUUUUAUAACAUAAGUUGAUAGGGAGAAUGGAUGAGUAGGCUUCCAAUCAAUUGUGAGCUUAUCAAGCAUACACAUUUCGAUUACGUUAAAUCAUGAAAUUAUGAAUUGUGAAGUAAUUUAGUUUAACACCAUAAAUGGGAGCUUAUUUAUAUUAAUUUCAAUUAA